AUGCUCUCUGGCCUCACCACAAAGCUCGCCCUGAAAAAGGUCGGCCUCUCGAGCGACGCCCUGGACCUGUCAGCGCUCACCGCACCGCCGCGGACAAGCACAGGCAAAAGCACAGGCACCGGGGAUACCCAGAGCGGCGCCUGGGGCACAUGGAUGUCGACCACGUCGCUGCCGCUCAGAGUCCACCCUUGGCUUGCUCCGCCGCCGCCGCCGGUAAAGCCGGCGCCGGUGCCUCGGAUCGGACAGGUCGCGCCGCUGGAUCGGCAGAGGAGGCUUCAGCUGGGAGGGAGGACCAAAUGCCUAGUUGUAUUUAUGAGGUGUGUUGGCUGUGCUUUUGCCCAAAAGACAUUCCUCAAGCUCCGCGCAAUAGCAAACCGCCACGCCGGCUCAAUCACCUGCAUCGCCAUCUCACACUCGUCCGAACGAGCCACAUACAAGUGGAUCGACCUCCUCGGCGGCUCAUGGAACGUCCAGAUCGUCAUCGACCAGGAGCGCUCCAUCUACGCCGCCUGGGGCCUCGGCACAGCAAGCAGCAUCUGGUACGUCCUCAGCCCAUCAACCCAAGUCCAAUCGUGGAAGGAAACGGGCUGGCUGGGAGAGAAAGUGGUGGGGGCCAUCCAGCGAGGCGGUGCUCGUGAGGCGACGGGCAGAUAUACGGAGGCGAAAAGAGGACGGGGAGAGGACGAGGCGGAGAGUAAUUGUUCUUUGACGGAGCUGGGGAGUAAGUGGCAGGAGGCGGGGGCGUUUGCGGUGGAUGGGAGAGGGACUGUGGUUUGGGGCGGCAAGGCGACGAGUGCGGAUGAUGUGAUGGAUUUGGAUGAAGGGGCUAAGCUAUUGAUGCUGUGA